AGUUACCCCUUUUCCCCAGUGGUGGUGAGGAGGUCCUUCUUGAUGUCGCUGGCCAGGAUUCCACCGAGGCCUUCGAGGACGUCGGCCACAGCGAUGAGGCCAGGGAAACGCUUGCCCAGCUCGAGGUUGGCGUUCUGAAGAGGAAGGCAAGUACCAACCCUACCAGAGUUGGAAGGAGCGGAAGGAGCGCCCGAUCAGCCCGUUCGCCGGUAUUGCGUGAUCAUGGCGCUAACAAACAUGUCCAUCGAUACAGUCUGGCGACCCUGCCCCCAAGGCUGCCUCCACCUCUGCCGUCAGCGCUGGCCCGAAGGACACCUCCGGCGGCUUGGGCGUCGGCGUGUACGUUAUCAUCCUCCUCGGCGGUGCGCUUGGCUACUACGCCUACCAAUAUCUGCAGCAGCAACAGCAGCAGGCUUAGGCGACCCGAUCCCGAUAUUCCCGCAACAAAAGCUGGCUGUUCAAUCGCAAAGUCAUUGCAGGCGGUCGGUUUUUACGACGCACGCUUCCGAGAGUUGCAUACCAUAUAUAACCAGCGUGAUUGGACGGCGUCGGCCGCUGGGAGGGAUUCAGGUCUUGCAUGGAUAGGAAAACUUUUGGGAUUGGGCAUGAUUCAGACCUCCUCGACGCUUUGUAGUCGGUCUGCUAGGGCGUUAUAGAUGUCGACCAGCGACGUUGUAUUCCUU